AUGUCAAACUUGUUGAGGGUGUUGGAGAGGCAACAGAAACAAAGGGAAGAAACAAGGCGUAGACGUGCUCAAGAAGAUCGGGAAGCCGAUGAAGAAGAAGAACUACUGCUUGCAGCAGCGGUGUGUAUGAUGGAUCAAUCAAGGCAAAACCGUCGUCCUCGUGCCCCAAAUGUGGACAGACGUAGGGAGUCUCGGGGUAAGAAUCUCAUGGAGGAUUAUUUUAUCCCAAAUCCGUUAUAUCCUGCUUCUAAGUUUCGAGAAAGAUAUAGAAUGCAACCACAUUUGUUCCAAAAAAUCAUGCAUGAUAUUUGUAAUUACGACACAUACUUUAUUCAAAAGCAUGAUGCUGUUGGAGCUUUAGGUCUUAUCCCGGAGCAAAAACUGACAGCUGCUUUGCGGAUGCUUGCUUAUGGGGCAUCUGCAGAGCAGGUGGAUGAGAUUGCAAGGAUGGGAAAAUCUACUGUCCUAGAGUGCUUGGUGAGAUUUUGUGAUGCAGUGGAAAAUUUGUACACGAGGGAGUACCUUCGCAAACCAACGCCAAGAGACCUGCAACGGCUUCUACAAAAAGGCGAGGCCCGAGGUUUCCCAGGAAUGAUUGGAAGCAUCGAUUGUAUGCACUGGCAGUGGAAGAACUGUCCUACUGCUUGGCAAGGGGAGUACGGGAAUCGGAAGGGCCAAAAAAGUAUAAUUUUGGAGGCCGUAGCUUCAUUCGAUUGUUGGGUUUGGCAUGCCUUCUUCGGGGUUUCCGGUUCUCAGAAUGACCUCAAUGUCCUUGGUCAAUCCCCAGUGUUCGAUGAGGUAUUGCGAGGUCAUUCCCCCCAGGUCACGUACCAAAUCAACAAUACCGUUUACUCUGGUGCGUACUACCUUUCCGACGGAAUUUAUCCUAGGUGGACGACAUUCGUGAAAACAAUUCCGAAUCCCCAAUCCGAGAAGGAAAGAAACUUUGCUUCCUUUCAAGAAGGUUACAGGAAAGACGUGGAGAGGUGUUUCGGUAUCUUGCAAGCUCGUUGGGCAAUUAUUAGAGGUGCUGCUCGGAUGCUAGAUGAGGAGGUGCUGCGGAGUAUUAUGAUGACUUGCAUCAUCCUUCACAACAUGAUUGUGGAGGAUGAGUAUGACUAUGAUGCUCAAGAGGUGUUUGAACCCGAUCCAAUGAACACAUCGUUGACAAGAAUAUAUGAAAGGCCGAUUGGACCAAAUGGACUACCACUGGAGCCCGAACCCAUACUUCGGGAUGGUCAAUUCAACAACCCCAUGAUUGAUCGGUAUCAAGAAAUGCAAUCUUCAUAUGUUCACGAGAUACGUCAACGUGACUUGAUCGAGCACUUGUGGGAGAUCAAAGGCAAUCACAAUGGAUGA